CAGGCAGGCACUUCGUCCAGGAUUUCCUCGUCCGUCCCUCCUUCUGUCCCUAUGGACGAGGAGGAAGUAACUGUUUUUAGCUGUGCAAUGGACAUACCUUCUAAGACGGACGAUCAAAGGUUAGAUAAUAUGAGGACAUGGUUCCAGAUCCCAGACGAGCUUAACCCUAGGUUACCCGUCCGUGGAGAAUGGUGUUGUGAUCCUCGUUUUGGGAUAGGCGUCUAUGAGGCCUAUCUUCUGGGGGGUUUGAGGUUUCCUUUAAAUGCUUUCAUUAGGGAAUUACUUGUUAGGUUAGGUUUGGGGGUAUGUCAGUUUAAUCCUAACGCAUGGAGAUUGGUCAUCUCUAUGCAAGUCCUAUGGAGAGAGGUGUUUGGGGGGGACCGUCCUCUUACAGUGGACGAGUUCCUCUACUGUUAUAAACCCUCUGAAAUUCAUCAAUCCCUUGGCUUUUACCAGUUUACUGCCAGGGGUAAAGAUUGUAGAAUGAUUAGGUCCCUACCUUCGUCUGACAGAAAGUGGAAGACGGAGUUUUUCUUCGUCUCCGGAAACUGGGCUGGAAACCCUUCAGACGUUGGACGGGACACUUUUGGUCGUUAUACUGGGGACCUAGGGAACCUUCGUCCUCAGGGUAAGUUUAAGUUUUUUUUUUUUUUUUUUUUUUUUUUUUUUAAGUUAUUAUUAUUUUUUGUAUCCUAACUUAUUCCUUUACAGCUGUUGGGCGUCCUUCCCUUAGCAAGCUUCACCGUGAUCGCGUCCACAGAGCUCGUCUAUACGCAGAUAGGAGCUUUCACUCCCUAGUGACUCUUAGACGGCUUGCUAAGUGGGGACUUGGUCCUGAUCCUUCUGACGAAGCACUAGCGCACGAAAUAACCGUAAGGAGAAGAAUGGCGACAAUGAAGGGUAACAAAGGGAAAGAUGUAGCUGGUGAGGGAGAUCGUCCUGAGGUUGGGGACGUCCGUCCUGGAGCUGUACCCCAAACUCGUCCGUCUGCUGGGGACAAAAGAAAGUCCUUACCGAAGAAUUUGGACUUAGGGAGUCUUCCUAGCAGGCGGGACAAAAGAGUGAAGCAUUCAUCGUCUAAGGUGGCCAAGCCUAUUUUGCCUCAGCCCAACCUCUCCGUCCAAACAAUUGAUGUGGACGUAUCUCCACCUGUGGAGAUGACCUCGUCCAGGACCCCUCCUAGGACGACUGCACCUACCUCGUCUCAGCUCCCGUCGAGAGUGUCUUCGAACAUAGUUGAAAACGAAGAUUUGGCUUGGCAACGUUUUCAAGAAGCUGUGAAGGACGAGGACAUUCAUGCAUGUUAUGACAUGUCUUUAAAAGACUUUGAACAUUCUGGUGUUCAUGAUCUUUUUAAGGCCAUGUCCAAGUUCAUCGCAGCGUCUAGGCAAGCCACAGAGUUGGACAAGACGAGGAUUUUGCUAGAGACGACCAUAAAAAACGUGAGGGAGGAGAGCAAGAAAUGGGCUGGGGUUGCUGCUGAGGCUAAGGAGAAGGAAGUGGAGCAGCUAAACUUGAUUGCAGAGUUGAAGGCCGCUGUGGUGGAGAAAGAUUCCCGUCUUGACCACCUUCAAGCGAAGAAUGACGAGCUGAGUACUUCCCUCUCCAAGGCUAAGGACGAUGCCAUUGCGGAGUUCAAAGCGUCCAAGGAUUUCACAGACUUGUUGGACCGCAACUAUGCAGCGGGUUUUGAAGACUUUAGGAUGGACGCUGUUGAAAACUUCCCUGAGGUGGACUUCAACUCUAUCAAACUUAACCUGAAUGCUGCUACCAGCUCUCUUCUCCAAACCAGCUCUGAGGACGUCAAUAUUGAAGACGAUGCCUCUACCCAGCCACCCACUGCUCCUGCUUAAGAACGUGUUUUUUUUUUUUUUUUCUGAUCCUUUGUCUUUGGAUCUUUCGAUGUAAUUCAAGUACACUAAACUCGUCCAAAGUUUUGAGGACGAGGUAU